AUGGACUAUGGCAUGGAGAACUGUAGCGUAACUGUCACCAUCCCGGAAAAUUCGUAUCUCAAUUCGUCGGCUGAAGUAUCAGCAAGAAUAGAUUCCAGAGCAUCUGUCGAACUGGACGUUUGGUCUCUAUCAGUGGGGCACAGGCUCAACUACAAGCAUUUGUCAUGGAACACGAAACCGCGUCGAUCUGCUCAUCUCGGUAUCCUUAGGGCUUCGUACGGCUCAAGUUCACAGACUCCGCAUUUCCCGUGUCGCUCGGGAACGUACGAAACGGUGGAGGUCUCAUGCAAAUCAGACAGUUGCGACCUCGUUGUGGAAGCAAAUGGAAAGCUUGCGUUUGGUUUGUAUAUGCAACAAUACCAAACUAUCUAG